UUGCUUUAGCUGUUUUUCUUUCGAUAGAGAGCGAUGAAGACGUCUCUGAAGAAACUGCGAGGAUUGGCGCAUCACAUGCACGAAAAAAGAGAGCGAUAUGUCCAACCAUCUAAGGCUCAAUUGGAUGAGCUCGCUCAGGCUUCUCAGGACAUGGAAGACAUGAGGGACUGCUAUGACAGCUUGCUUUCUGCAGCAGCAGCGACUGCAAACUGUGCAUAUGAAUUCUCAGAAUCACUACGGGAAAUGGGUGAUUGUCUUCUUGAGAAAACUGCAUUGAAUGAUGAUGAAGAAAGUGGUAAAGUUUUGCUGAUGCUGGGAAAAGUGCAGUUCGAACUCCAGAAACUUGUUGAUAGCUAUCGGUCUCAUAUUUUCCAGACCAUCACAAUCCCAUCAGAGUCCCUUCUUAAUGAACUACGCAUAGUUGAGGAGAUGAAGAGACAAUGUGAUGAAAAAAGAGAUAUAUAUGAAUCCAUGAUAACAAGACACAGAGAGAAGGGGAGAUUGAGAAGCAGUAAAGGAGAACGUUUUUCUUCUCAUCAGUUGGAACAAGCUCAUGAGGCCUAUGAUGAGGAGGCAACCUUUUUUGUUUUUCGAAUGAAAUCCCUGAAGCGGGGACAAUCCCAUAGUCUUCUUACACAGGCAGCUCGGCACCAUGCUUCUCAGCUUUGUUUCUUUAGGAAGGCUCUCAAAUCUCUCGAGGCAAUUGAACCACAUGUCAAAUCGGUCACUGAACAGCAGCAUAUUGAUUACCAUUUUACUGGACUUGAAGAUGAUGACAAGGAUGGUAGUAAUUCUUAUGAUGAUGACUAUGAUGAUGAGGAUGAUGAGGAUGAAGAUGACACUGACAGUGGUGAUGAAGAAUGUGAUGAUGGUGAGUUGAGUUUUGGCUAUGGACAAAAGGACCAGGGACAAGAUCUUUCUAUAUCAAGAAACUCAAUGGAGUUGGAACAUGUGGAUCUUACGUUUCCACAUGUUGCUUCAAUUGAUGCAGCGAAGGAAAAUCUAGUUGGAACCCCUGGUGGGAAUUAUUUUGACCCUCAGAGAGAGCUCAAGGAAAGCAGCAAAUCAGCUCCACUUUUUGCUGAGAAGAAAUUUGAUCCGGCUGAAAAGCCGAGACAAUUAUGGCCAUACUCUUCACGGAAGUUUCAUACUUAUGUGCUACCCACUCCAGUUGAGACAAAGAGUCCAGUUUCGGUGAAAUCAGAUGCUCAAAUUCUUCAAACAAAACAAAUACAAACAAGUGGGCGCAUGCAGAAUUUGUGGCAUUCAACCCCUUUGGAACAGAAAAAAUAUCAACAGAUUUUGGGAAAUGAGAAAUUAUCAGGCCCCAUCAUCCUAAAUACAGAGUCAGUACUCAAGGAAAGCAACAAUAAUACAAAACCAUGUCGAUUGCCGCCUCCUUUGACUGACAGAGUCUCCUCUGUGCACCUUGAUAUACAUGCUGCUUCUGUUACUAAAAAUCCCAACAGACAAGCUUUUUCUGGUCCAUUGACAGGGAAGUCAUGGGCAAACAAGCCUAUUCUAUCUGCCAGUGGUCCCAUAGCCUCAACCGGACACUCUCAGCCGUUAUCUGGUUCUCUCCUGCGUACUCCAUUGCCUCGGCCAUCCUCAACCCAAAAAUUAUCUUCAAGUGCUUCUCCUACUUUUGUGUCAUCACCUAAAAUAAGUGAGCUUCAUGAACUCCCUAGGCCUCCUGCUCAUUUAGCCUCCAAUAGACCUUCAUAUCAAAUUCAUCAUUCAGCUCCCUUGGUGUCCAAAUUUCCAGAGCUUUCUGCUACGAAAAAAGUGGUGGUGUUCACUGCAGCAUCUACUCUUCCAGUUCCUUGCCAUACCAUCCCUCGUAGUUACUCCAUACCAUCCAGAGAUGACAGAGAAAUGCCAUUGAAUGCAUCCAAGCCAUUGGAUGCUGCUCACAAUUCAAAGUUGGCUGAAGAAAUUGCGUCACCUCCUUUGACACCAAUUUCUUUGUCUGAUAUCUAG